AUGUCGCAUCAACCCAUGAGCAUGGAGGCCAUGUUGGACGAGGAAAGAAGGGAUGUUCUGGCCCUCCUUGAGGGUACCACCAGCAGAUCCAACUGGAAUCCAGGCUCGCCCGUCUCGGCUCGCUCUCCUUCGCCGUACACCUCGCCCCGCUCCCCCAUGAGAAGCAUGUUGGACGUUGGCGGCGAUGCUGGAAAGAAUAGCCCCGUCAGGACGCACGCGGUACCGGUGCGCAGCAUGCUGGACAUCAGCGGCCCUCCGCCCCCCGUUCGAAGCAUGCUCGAUAUCGACACAUCGGCUCCCAAACAGGCCGCCAGCGCUGGCCCUAGCUCUCCCGUCGAAUCCCGCGCGCCUCAUCCACGAACCUUUUCCGACUCUCACUCCCAGAAGCCCAGCUUCGGCCCGCGUGCCGUCGCCAAUCGCAUGGAUCCCACUGCGGACUACCAAUUCUCUGAUAUUGCUACUAACAACAUCGGACACGCAUUGCCGAAGCGCAACACCCAAGGCGGUAAGGGGCCUGGCGCGAAGAAGUCGGGCAGCGUCAUGGCUGAUGUCAUGCGUGGCAACGAAAUCCCGGGCAUCGUACUUCCCGGCGACAGGGCCCGGCAUGGCUCUAUUGCUAGCAAUCCCUCUAUCAACCUUGGCGGAAGAAGUUCAAGCAGAGGCCAAGGCAGCAAAUCUAAGUCUCCUCAUGGCCGCCUGAGCAUGCGCUCGCGCUCGCCAAACGUCAGCGGCCGCUUCCAGCAGAUUCCUGGCACGGCUGUCCUCGAUGACGGCCGUGUAGUGGACAUCUCGACAGCCUACCGCAAAUUGUCUGACGCGAACCUUGCGUUCUCGGGGGCGGUCUUUCGGGACGAAGCCGGUGUCGGCCGCUUGACGAAAGACUACCUUAGUCCUGACGGGGAGGAGCUCGAGGACAGCAGCGACGACGAUGCGCGCAGCUUCUCGGACGAGGAGAACCAGAGGGGACGUAAGAUGUCACCGCGGUCGUCCGAAAGCGGCGCAAAGUCACCUGAGCUAAACAAAAGUGAUCGCAAGACACUCAGUUUACUUGCUGCGGCUGAGGAAGAGCGCCUUGCAGUCACUUCUAAGCAACCGCAAUAUCAAUACAAGUCAUUGCUGGACGAACCUUCUAUCACACUCACCAAGUCCACCGGUGAGAAGGCGAAGCCCAAGGCCGGCGUACGCCCCACCACGGCGUUCGACAACGAGCCCGGCUCGGGCAUGGCUUCUGCCGUCAACUCGGAUGAUGAGGAGGAGCUGAACGACAUCAAGCGCGCUCAGAGACUGGCCUUCUCCCGAACCGAGAUGCUCAACAACCCAGAGUUCUCCCGCACUCUCCGCAUCAUCAUGCGUGGCGAGUUCGAUCAGAUCCAGAAGGCGGCGUUGGAGGAGCACCACAGGUUGAGAAAGUACCUGGUGGCCACGGACCUGAGCGAGGAGUCGACGCAUGCCCUGGAAUGGGCCAUCGGCACAGUCUUGCGAGACGGCGACACUCUCAUUUGCAUUUACUGUGUGGACGAAGAGACCGGCAUCUACUCGACUGAGGGGAUCAUGGUUCCUGAUGAGCGCGCAGCCCACCAGGAACAAGCUGAGGCCAUCAAUGCCAUGUCGAGCAACAAGGCGGCACCGCCAGGCAUGACAAGUGGCCCGUCUUACCCUCAUCUCCCGCGGGCCUCGGCCUUGAACGCCAGUGAUUCGUCGUCACCAGCACCGUCGAGCAGGGAGCGCGGCCGAGCCGAGGAGGAGCGCCGUCGCGCAGUGUACGACAUUCAAGAGCGUGUAGAGCGCUUGUUGCGACGGACGCGUCUGCAGGUGCGGGUGAUUGUAGAGGUCAUCCACUGCAAGAAUCCGAAGCACCUGAUCACGGAGGUCAUUGACCUCGUCAGCCCGACGCUGGUAAUCCUGGGCAGCCGUGGCCGCAGUGCUCUCAAAGGUGUCAUUCUCGGGUCAUUCUCGAAUUACCUCGUAACCAAGAGUUCGGUGCCUGUCAUGGUGGCUCGGAAGCGGCUCCGUAACAAGAGCAAGUACAAAAGGGGCGCCAUCAAGCAGGUCAACGACUUGAACAGCCCUGGAGCUAAGAGUCUCGCCAACGCGAAGAUUGACUAG